AGGCUACGUCAGCCUUUCCGUAAAUUUUCAGCCUCCUUGAAGUACGUGGCUUGUUAGAGAAGUAAAGCUGCCUAACUACCUACACAGCCCAAAUAUCGGCCCGUCACCAUGGAUCAGGUUAUGCAGUUCGUCGAGCCUAGCCGGCAGUUCGUGAAAGACUCAAUAAGACUUGUCAAAAGAUGUACCAAACCCGACAGGAAAGAAUUCCAGAAGAUUGCUAUGGCAACAGCUAUUGGAUUUGCAAUCAUGGGCUUCAUUGGAUUCUUUGUCAAACUUAUCCACAUCCCCAUCAACAAUAUCAUUGUUGGCGGUUAAAUCCCUAGGAAUGUAAUAAACCCUUCAAGCCAUUUGAAACCAGAGACAGUGUUGGCAAGAGGAACCGGGGCGGGGAGGGGGGAACGACUUUGUAUAAUUAUCCUUUUUCUUUUUUUGCAUUGCGAUAAUUUGUAUUUGGCUGCGUUAAUAAAAACAGUGAAACACU